UUGUAGUCCCGUGUUCCUAUUCGCGUUUCUGGGACUCCCACUCUUCUUUUCCCUUCAUUUAUUUUUUUUGCAGCAAUUGGCGCUGCGGGGCUACUGGGUUCGCACGCUUAAACCGCGUCGAUCCCCCCCCCCCCCAAGUUCGUGGAUGUGGAGUCAUUUCGUUCUUCUGGGCUAUAAAGCAGUUGAAAUCCUCGCUCCCUGCAACAGAGUAGGGCUUGCGAGCUUUUGUCGGAAUUUCAGAACCAUGAAGAUAGAAUCUUCCGAAUUUCAGUCCCUGUUCACGCCAGGACUGAAAGGCAUUGCAGAAAUAUUUGAUAAAGAAAAUUAUGAACUAAGAAUAGCAGGAGGUGCUGUAAGGGAUUUACUCAGUGGAAUAAAACCACAAGAUGUCGAUUUUGCCACUACUGCAACUCCUAGUCAGAUGAAAGAAAUGUUCCAGGUCAUGGGCAUCCGUAUGAUCAACAACAGAGGAGAAAAACAUGGAACCAUCACUGCUAGGCUCCAUGAAGAGAACUUUGAAAUUACCACACUGAGAAUUGAUUUGCAUACUGAUGGGAGACAUGCAGAAGUAGAAUUCACAACUGACUGGGAAAAAGAUGCAGCAAGAAGAGAUCUCACCAUCAAUUCUAUGUUCCUAGGUUUGGAUGGCACUCUUUAUGAUUACUUCAAUGGUUACAAUGACUUAAAGAACAAGAAGAUCAGAUUUGUAGGAGAAGCCAACCAGAGAAUAAAAGAAGAUUUUUUACGAAUUCUACGCUAUUUCCGAUUUUACGGAAGGAUAACUGAAAGGCCUGAUGACCAUGAUGCCCAAACUUUGGAAGCCAUCAAAGAAAAUGCCAAAGGUUUGGCUGGAAUAUCUGGCGAAAGGAUUUGGACGGAAUUGAAAAAAAUUCUUGUUGAAAAAUACGCAAAUCAACUCAUUCAUCUGAUGUAUGAACUUACAGUAACUGAUUAUAUAGGAUUACCUGUUAAUGGGAACUUACAGGAGUUUGACAGAGUCUGUAAAAAUGUUCAGAAUCUCUUUCCCAAACCAAUGACCAUUUUAACGUCAUUGUUAAAGGUUCCGUGUGAUCUUUCAAAACUGGAUUUAAGACUGAAACUAUCAAAAGAUGAAAAAAACCUUGGGCUAUUUCUGUUGAAGCACAGGAGAGACUUGACCAAAGCUUCCGAUACUUCAAUGCCUCUUAAACCAUACCAGGAUUUCAUUUUAGAUGCAAGGGAGUCUUCCGCAACAUCCAGAAUCCAUGAACUUCUGAAGUACCAAGGAGAAGAACAACUUCUGAAAGAAAUGCAAGAGUGGUCUGUACCCUCUUUUCCUGUAACUGGUCAUGACUUAAGACAAAUGGGAAUCUCAUCAGGAAAAGACAUUGGGCCCCUCCUGCAACAGUUACGAGAACAGUGGAAAAAAAGUGAUUACCAAAUGAAUAAAGAAGAACUAUUAAGCUACGUAAAGAGGGCGUGAAAGCAAAUGGUGAUGAAACUGAACAUUUUUGUAUAAAGUUCCACAUAUUUUAUUGGUACAUUUCAUUUCUGCAUGUUAGGAUUAUUUGUAUUUCAGUUCUAAAACAUAAAAUUUGUUUUUGUGUCCAUCUGGUAAUACACAAAUAACUUUCAUGUGUUUUUACUCAAAUAUUAAAUAACCCUAAAUGUACACUUCAAGUUGAAGUGGCUCACAGACAAACUUGUAUGUAGAUUCACUGACUAUCUUGGUUGUUCCAAAAUAUUAUUUGGAUUGAGUUAAUUUUAAAAAGCAAAGGAAAUUGAUUUAAGUAAAUUAACAUUGCAGUUGUAUUCAUGUUUAUCCAAAAAUGAUUUCUAUCCAUUCAUUGGGGCUUACCCUUAGCAACCAUGUAUUAUCUUGAACCUCCGAGUCAGAUUUUAAGCCAGAUCGGAUACUAUCAAACAUUACCAUUUCACUGAAACUCAUAUUACAUUAUGGACGACAACCUCAAGUUUUAAAUAUUGAAAAAAAAAAACUUGUUAUUCCAAACAAGCUUUUAAGUAAAAGAAUAGUAUUUCUAAUA